AUGUCUUGGGUUGGAAGGUUGCUUCUCUAUUUCCACGACUGGAACAACAUCGUCAACAGCAUCAUCCGAACCACGACGACCAAGAAGCUCGACGCCCUCGCAUCGUCCGCGACCAGCGCCGACAAUGCACCGUUCAGACCCCUACGCAUCGGCGUCCUCGGCGCCGCCGAGAUCAACUACUUGUCCAUCAUCGAGCCCGUGUCGACGCACCCGACGGCGCUCAUCACCGCCAUCGCGGCUCGGGACAAGUCCCGCGCCGAAGCGCAGAUCGCCUCCUUCAAGGCCAGCCUCCCGGGCCCGGUGAAGGCUUACGGGUCCUACGACGAGGUUCUCGCCGACGGGGACAUCGACGCCGUCUACAUCCCGCUGCCCAACAGCUUGCAUUACAGAUGGGCCGUCGCGGCGCUCGAGGCCGGCAAGCACGUCCUGGUCGAGAAGCCCGUCACGUCCAACGCGCGCGAAGCCCGCGCCCUCGCCGCCGCCGCCCACCGCACGGGCAAAGUCGCCCUCGAGGCGUUCCACUGGCUCUUCCACCCGGCCGCGCACACGGUCAAAGCCAUGCUGACGGGCGGCGAGUACGGGCGGGUCGUGUCCGUGACUCCCACCAUGUUCCUGCCCGCGGCCCGCGGGCGUGCUGGGUCCGGACGACAUCCGGUUCCAGUACGCCCUCGGUGGCGGGAGCUCGAUGGACUUGACGGCCCGCUUCAUCAUCAUCAUCAUCAUCAUCAUCAUCUUCCUCAACCUCCCUCUCCUGAGAGUGGUGCAAGUACAGGUGCGAGGACAGGUACGAGUACAAAUGCGGGUCAGAGUGCUCAAGAUGGACAACAAGGUCCAGAGCGAACCGGCACCCACGGUCUGGGUUUCAAGGUUCUCGAAGCCACGCCACGGAUCAACGCAACCGACAAGCUCAUCGACGACGCGAUGAAUACAGUCAUUUCGUUCUCGUCAGGGGAUCCCAGCGACGACGACGACGACGAUAGAGGGUCAUGGGAGACAAAAGCAAUCACGGCCUGCGACCUCUACGUGCCCAAGCUGUUCGGGCUCGUCCCGCGGGUGUGGGUGCCUCCGCCCAGCGUCAAGAUCGAGUGCGAAAGGGCCGAGAUCCAAUUCACCAAUUUCGCCGGGCCGUGGCUGGGCCACGCGAUCGUCGUGACGCCCGUGACGCGCGACGCCGCGACCGGCAGAAUCGUGUCGCGGGGGAAGAAGGGCAAGCCGCAGAAAUGCUACGUCGGCGGACCCGUGUGGGAGCUUGAAAGGGACCACGAGGAUGGAGGCAAAGCGGUGGGCGAGGAGUGGUGGACGACGUAUCGGUACCAGCUUGAAGGGUUUGUCAGGAAGAUACGUGAGGUCGAAGAAAGAAGAGAAGAAGAAGGGAAGAAGAAUGAGGAUGAGGACGAGAAUGCGCAGAACGAGAACAGGGACGUUGUCAACGACGAAGCACGGCCCAGAAGCACCAGCAGCACCAGUCACUCCAAGCACGGUCGUCCCGGCUACGUUUACAGAGGCCCCUGGGUGAGCCUGGAUCUGAGCGUGAGGAUCAUGGACGUCAUUGACGCAGUGUACGAGAAGGCCGGGUUACCUGUCCGUGGAGAGUGA